UCUCUCAUCCUAUUACCAGCACAAUCCACCAGCCACUCUUUGUCUCUACUCAGGAGAGAAGGCAGAGAGUCAAGGGUUUGUCUAAAGAAAGCUGAAUUUUCAGAAGCGUACACAAACCCUCAGAAAGAGCGGUGGAAGAAGGCCUGGACGGUUGCCACUGUAAUUAUAAACUUUUGACUUAUAUUCCUAUUUCUUACACUUCCUGACCAGAGCUCUCUCAAACCUAGUGGAGCUGCAUGAAGAGCCACCGUUUCUUUUUGAAAAGGUCUUAAGUCAUUAGUAUAGACCAUGCAGACCUUCUGGAUCCUGCUGCUUGCCUCUCUGAGCCUCUCAACCCUGGCUGGUGCUGAGAAAGGCCUCGAAUUUCCACGCUAUGAUGGCAAAGAUCGUGUCCUGGACAUAAAUGAGAAGAACUACCGCAAAGCCCUGAAGAAAUACGACAUGCUGUGCCUUUUCUACCACGCUCCUCCACCAACUGCAAAAGAGCUGCAGAAACAGUUACAAAUGACUGAACUAGUGCUAGAGUUAGCUGCUCAAGUCUUGGAGGCAAAGGAUAUUGGCUUUGGAAUGGUUGAUUCCCAAAAAGAUGCCAAGGUUGCCAAGAAACUAGAUUUGCAUGAGGAAGGCAGCGUCUAUGUCUUUAAGGAGGACCGUGUGAUUGAAUUUGAUGGACUGCUCGCUGCAGACACUCUUGUGGAAUUCCUUUUGGAUCUGUUGGAAGAUCCGGUUGAGAUAAUUGACAAUGCUCUGGAGUUGCGAGCAUUUGACCGUAUGGAAGAAGACAUCAAACUCAUUGGUUUCUUUAAGAGUCGUGACUCUGAACAUUAUCUUGCUUUCCAAGAGGCAGCUGAACAGUUUCAGCCUUUUAUCAAAUUUUUCGCCACCUUUGAGAAAUCUGUCGCAAAAGAGCUGACUUUGAAGAUGAAUGAGGUGGACUUCUAUGAGCCAUUCAUGGAGGAACCAGUCACCAUUCCAGACAAACCACACUCAGAGGAAGAGCUGGUGGCCUUCAUAUCCGAACACAGGAGACCAACUCUAAGAAAGCUCAGGGCAGAAGACAUGUUUGAGACCUGGGAGGAUGAUUUAAAUGGAAUUCACAUUGUAGCCUUUGCAGAAGAAGAGGACCCUGAUGGUUUUGAAUUCUUGGAGAUUUUGAAGGAGGUGGCCAGAGACAACACACACAAUCCAGAUUUGAGUAUUGUGUGGAUCGACCCAGACAACUUCCCACUGCUCAUUCCUUACUGGGAGAAGACCUUCAAGGUUGACCUCUUCAGACCACAGAUUGGUGUAGUUAAUGUUACAGAUGCGGACAGUGUCUGGUUGGACAUGAAUGAUGAAGAUGAUCUGCCUUCACCUGAAGAGCUGGAAAACUGGAUAGAAGAUGUGCUCUCUGGAACAGUGAAUACAGAGGAUGAUGAUGAUGAUGAUGACGAUGAUGAUGAUGAUGACGACGACGACGACGACAAUGACAAUGACGACGAUGAUGAUGAUGACGAUGAUGAUGAUGACGAAGAUGAUGAUGAAUGAUUCAUAUACUGUGAACCUCAAACAAAUCUGCUGAAAGAACUUGUCUUUUACACCAAAAUCAUUUUGUACAUUUUGUACAUCAGUGGAUAAACUGCAUAAUGUUCUUAAUAUUAAAUUGAAAUUAUACAGGUCAAAAAUGUCUCUUAUUUAUAUAGGUCAAAAUCAUUUAUUUUAACCACCUCUAAACUGGAAACUAAGGAGGGGAUUUAAAUGAAAUACUGCGGUGUAAUUUUGUCACUGCAUUAUGUACUACUCUUCUGUACAUUUUCUACUGUAAUCAGUCACACAAGGCAAUAAAACUUUACAACUGGU